AAUCUUGUUCACUUGACAGUUCUCAAUUGCUAGAACGGAAUUCUGGUCCCGCAGACAACGGAAGCCAAAGUGCACAGACGGCGGCAAUCGUCCCCCGCAACUAAGUAUCCCAGUCAUCAGGCACCGUGCAAUAAUUAACUCCGCUCCACCGCGACAUCCUCCGCCACGUUCUCGAUAAGUCUGUCCUGAUACAACUUACUCUACGGAUUAACAAGAGCCCCUUUUACUUCACCUACGCACUGUAUUUGGCAGGGUCUAUCCGACAUACUUCAGAGAGAACAUGUCUCGGCGCCCUACAGCCGACCGGGCUGCCCAGAAUCAGCAGACGAUCAAGAGUCUGCUGAAGCUGGAGCACAACAAGGUCUGCGCCGAUUGCAAGCGCAAUAAACACCCACGAUGGGCGUCUUGGAAUCUGGGGAUAUUCAUUUGCAUCCGCUGCUCGGGAAUUCACAGGGGCAUGGGCACUCACAUCAGCCGAGUCAAGUCUGUUGAUCUCGAUUCCUGGACAGACGAGCAGUUGCAGAGUGUACUGAAGUGGGGAAAUGCGCGAGCGAACAAAUAUUGGGAAGCCAAACUUGCGCCGGGCCAUGUACCAUCUGAAGCAAAGAUAGAGAAUUUCAUCAGGACAAAAUAUGAAUCGAAGAGAUGGGUGAUGGACGGGCCCAUGCCGGAUCCCUCCACACUCGAUGUUGAAGGGGAUGACGAUGUGCCACUUGCCGUUGUUCAAGAGAAAGCGAAGCUUGAGCGUUCCGCAUCGCAGCGUCUGGGUUCGGUCUCGAGUCAGCAACCUCCGGUACGGAAGCAGACCCAAUCCGUAGAUCUCUUCGGCGACGACGAUAUCGUCUCCCCUCCAACGCGACCCAGCACGACAGAUCCUCCUAUUCGCGCACCGCCCCCGAAGGCAUCUCAGCCGGCACCUAAACAGACGAAGCCUGGUGAUUCAUUGCUGGGAUUGGAUUUCUUUGGAAGCAGCCAGCCAUCCACAGGCAGUCGGCCAGCCUCCCUCUCUUCCACUCCUGCACCCACUGGCCUUUCACGACCAGACUUGAAGCAGUCCAUCCUGUCUCUCUAUGCGUCCGCUCCGAAGCCUCAGCCGGCUGCUCCGCAACACGAGCGCACGUCCUCUUUCGGAAACCUGGCUUCGCCUCAGUCGCAGUCCUCCCUUGGCGGUUUGACGGACGCUUUCAGUGGGCUCAGUUUCCCUUCUACUGCGACUCCGCCGCCUCAGAAGCAGGCGGAGAAGCCUUCCCCCUUUUCGAACCUCGGAAGCUUCAGCAUUCCCAAGUCAAGUCCCGCAGCGCCUCAGGUCACCUCCCCUGCUAUGUCUUCCGGUGGGGGAUUGUUCGACACCCUGGCAUCCAGCACUUCGCCUAAGCCACAGCCACAGCGUACAACUUCCGUCUCAUCUAACGGCCUGGACUUCAGCUUUACGAAGACGGCAACCCCAGCAUCGAGACCUAACCUGCCUACUGCUUCAUCAACCUCCAAUGAUUUAUUCGGUCUCUCGUCUCCGCCGACCACUUCUCCUCCGCCUCCCAAGGCUGUAUCCUCACCAUCUGCGGAUCUCAGCUCUAUUUUCAACCUCUCCAAGCCUGCUCCUCAGCCCGCGCCGGCUCCAGCUGCUGAACCCACCCCCAAGCCGGUAGUCACAGCAACGUCCAGCGUCUUCUCGAGCAACCUGGACCCCUGGGGCAGCGACGCAUGGAGCACUCCUGAUCCCGCCCCCGCCGCAGCGGCACCCUCGAACAUGAUGAAAGUCCCUGACACAUUGACCGCCAACGACAUCGGCAGCGGCUGGGGUGCACCGUCCCCAUCCGCUGCCAAAUCCCCUCCUGCCGUAGCCGCGGAUGAGGACUUUGGAGGAUGGGCCAGUGCCGCACCGGAACCAGCCACAACCACCACGACCACGACCACGACGACCACAUCAACAUCUACGAUAAACACCAAACCGGCUGGCGGGUUUGGCGGUGCUGAUGACCUUUUUGGAAAUGUCUGGGGAUGAAAACAAAUAGACUAAUCUUGUUUUGUUCCUUGCGAAUUUCAUUAGCAUCAAUGAAAGUGGAAUUAAUGUCAUUUUUUUUAAAGUAUACUUAUUGCCCCUUUAGGAGCUCUGCAUUAACAACUCCAGAAUACGUGUGUAAAUAAAAAGCAAAAUAUAUAUGGUAAGC